GCGUUUUCUGAGGGCUGUGCUGCUGGUGGGAAAAUAUUCCCGCUGAUGGCCGAGAAUGCAGAGAUUGAGCCUAAGGUGAAAAGACUAUCCGAGGGAGGGGAAGCGGAGGCUAAUAUGAUUCCGGUUGAGUUUCAAUCUUUACAGUUGGAUGACGUGAAGUUCAACUACCCAGCUAGGCCAACACUGCAGGUGCUCAAGGGUGUCUCUCUGGAGAUCAAGCGUGGCCAGAAAGUGGCCUUCGUCGGUGAGUCUGGCUCGGGAAAGUCUACUUUGGUUCAGCUCAUCGAACGGUUUUAUGAUCCUGCUGAGGGAAAAGUGCUUGUCAAUGGAGUUGAUAUUAAAAGUAUGCCCGUGCAUGAGCAUCGUGCUCUGUUCGGUUAUGUCGGCCAAGAACCGUUCUUGUUUGCUGAUA